CGGUUGGCAGGGGAGGAAACCUUAGUGGAACAAGAAAGACAUGAGCAAACCAUCGGUGAGGACUCGAGCUUUAACGAAUUUGAGUUCUGGGUACGAGGAGAAUACCGGAGCCCUAGCUAGAUGAUGAAAGAGAAGGAAAUGUGGAUCCUUUCGGUGUUGGGAGUUGGCGGGUCAAGAAACGGGUCGGUGUUGGAGUCGGGUCAUCGCCGGGAGCAGCGCAGCGGGUACUAUCCAAUUGGGGAAAUGGAUGAAUUAGAAGGUUUAGGAUUUAGGGAUUUCAGUAGAGAAGACUCGGAGAGUCCAUUAAGAGACGGUGAUAUUGGCUUUUACGCCAAUAGUAGUGAGUUGUCAGGGGUCAAGAUUUGGUUGCAAGCGUUAGGAGGGUUAGGGAGAUAUUGGCCAAUGUUUCAGAUUCAUGAGGUUGAUGACUUGUUGUCCUUGGAUGAUUUGAAAGAUAUGGGGAUUAACGCUGUUGGGUCUAGGAGGAAGAUGUUUUCUGCUAUCCAGAAGCUUGGUAGAUAGAGACUUCUCAUGAUAUAUUAGAUAAAGAGAGAAGAUGGUUUUGUGUUGUUGUUUUUGUUGGUGAGAUAAUCAGCCGUGGCAAUGUCUAAAAACCAUGAAUGAAACCGUUUUCAUCCUUUUUGCUAUUCGUUGAUUGGUUCUUA